AUGCCUAACUUCCAUCCCAACCUCCUCCCCAAACUCCUCCAUCCCAAUCGAACAAUAACAACAUCCUCCUCAAUAAUCAGACUCAUCCUCUUAUGUCUCCUCAUCUUCACUCUCCUCACCACACCCUGCUUAGCAGACCGCAGCGACACUAAAAUGGCCAACACCACCGUGGCCUACGACUGGGAGACACCAGAUGAGAACCUCACAGUGAUCUGGGACUGGGAUGUUUCCGAGACUGUGAGGGUUUCUGCUGGGCAUAGUAGGGCUCUUUCAACGCCUGUGGGAGGGAUAGGGAUUAUUGUUCUGGGUGCUGGGGUUGUUGGGGCUUCUUCUUUGGUUUGGUGA